AUGUCGGUCUCUUCCGGAAGUAAAGAGAGUAAAGACAAAAAAAAGAAAAACACAGUGAACAAGAUUUCGAGAAUGAAUCAAGUUGAAGAAGGCAGCAGUGGAAAGAAAAAAGAAACGACUUCGACUGGAAGUAGUGAAUCGAAGAAUACUAGUAUGAAAGAUGAAACGUUUGAUAAGGCGAGAGGAGCAGUGAAGAAUACAAUUGGAUGGAUGGUACAGACACAAUCGAAACAAUCGGGUUUACUCGGCUUUUUCAAAGCUGCAACAUUCGAACGAAAUCCCCCGGAGAACCACAAAACGUACGCAUUUCAAGCAAAUCGUGAGAAGAAUCGAAAUCCAGAUUUUCCGUUGUACGAUCAUUCGAGAGUUCGUUUAAAAUGUGAAGCUGAAUCUGAUAACAACUACGUUAAUGCCACGAAUAUAACAUAUUUCUGGAGGAUGGUAUUCUACCAAGAAAUCGACGUCAUCUUUGCAAUUUUCUCGCCGGACGAACAACUUCCAGUGUAUUUCCCAACUGAACAAGGCAAAUUUUUCAAUCACGGACAAUUCUUUGUGCAUUGUUGGAAACUGACACCUCCGUCUGGAAAGUAUCAGGCUACAAACUACACAAUUGAGGUGUUGCCUGCAGGAUGCUCGAAUGCCAGAUAUACGACUAUCCUUCAUUAUUCUCAUUGGCCGAAAGGACAUGUAGCACCAAGUCCAAAAGUUAUUUUGAAGGGAAUUCAAGCACUGGAUCCAGCUGAAAAAGUAACGAAGAGCAAAUGUCUCAUUCAUUCAGCAGAAGGAAUCAAUCGAUCGAUGAGCUUUGUAAUGGUAGAUUAUGUUGUUGAACUGAUGUUUCGGAAUAAUACUGUAGAUAUUCCCGAGCUGAUCACCCAAUUACGAAGUCAACGUGGCGGUGCAUUCCAGAAUCGAAUCUUCUGUCUGUAUGCUCUCUAUGUGGCAAUUGACUAUGUCAAAAUCCGUCUGACAAAAUUCAAGAAUGCGCCUGAAGUUCUUCUGGAGAUUACUAAUUUGCAGAAAGCAAUGAAGAAAGAAUUCUCUGGUGUUAUACCACGAGAGCUGGGUUCAUCGAAAAAAGGAGCAACUAUUGACGCAACUAUUGAAUGA